UUAACUCAGAUUGAGAUAUAGAGAAGACAGUUGCAGAAAGAGCAGAAAACCGGGUCUCAUGUUCAAGGUAGACAUCGAAAAAGCUUUCAACAAUGUGAGUUAGAACUCCCUCUUUAAUAUACUCUCGAAUUUUGGUUUCCCAACUAAGUGGCAGAACUGGAUACGCGGAACCAUGUGUACCCCGGUCAUCUCGACGAUAAUCAAUGGUGAAGUCAAAGGCUACUUCCAUCCUAAGAAAGGACUCCGACAAGGCGACCUGCUUUCUUCUGGGUUGUUCUCCCUCAUCAUGGAUGUCCUCUCAUUCAUGAUGAAUAGAUUACAAGAAUCUGGAAAGAUAAGAGGUUUCUGUAUGAACGAAUCUGACGGCAAUUGGGAAGUGACUCACCUCCUCUUCGCUGACGACACGUUGUUUUUUGCGAUGCCUCCUAUGAUCAAGUUCUCAGCAUCAUGGCCACACUUGUCUACUUUAAAGUGCUCUUAGGGUUAAGAAUUAAUCUAGAAAAGUCAGCGAUGUUCAUAGUUGGUCCCAGACUUUUUUGCUGCCAUUGUCGGUUGCAAGUGGAGCAACGAACCGUUCAAAUACCUCGGAUUCCCCCUUGGUGCAAAAGUUAAUGAUGUUUCAACUUGGGAUACAGUAGUUGACUAGUACGAAAAGAGACUCGAAGGCUGGAAGAACCACCACCUCUCUUUCGGUGCCAGGUUAGUGCUCAAUAAAUCAAUUUUGUCCAGUCAACCAACAUACUAUUUCUCUCUUCUGAAAGCUCCCAUCAAAGUGUUGAACCGAUUCGAGAAAAUCCAAAGGAAUUUCAUUGGGAGCGGCACAGCCGCACAGGUGAAAGUCAGAAGCCAUCACUUGUUUGCUGGUACCUCUGCAAGGCUGCUAAGGACAAAGUUGGGCAGGGGAUCAUUGACAUGAAGAGUUUCAACACCAUCAUGCUUUCCAAAUAGAUCUGGAGAUUCACUACAGAAAGAGACAGUUGGCGGAAGUAGCUUAUUAAGAUUAAGUAUCCUCACGACUCUCCAAUUUGACAGACCAGCAAAUGGUCUAACAUCACAAAAGAGUACGACUCAUUCUGGAAGUUCGCCAAUAUUGACCCCUAUGGAGGCGCUUGGGUCUCUUUUUGGAGAGACUGCUGGAUAUUGAACACGACCAUCGGAGAUGCGCUCCCGUGAGUCGACGCAGUUGCCUCCUCUCCCGAUGCCUUGAUCUCCGACAUUGCAGAGCUCACAUGUAACACUAUCAAGUGGAAUAUUGAUUUGAACCAUAAUUUGAGAGGGGGGUUGAGAGGGAAAGAAUUUCUCUUUUGGAAUUUCUUAAUAACUCUGAUGUUUUACGGGGAGCUUGCAGACCGAACAAGCAUGUUUGGUUGUCCCUUAACGAUUCUUCUUUUACUAUUAAUUCUAUUUACAGGGCUUUGGCAGGAUUGCAGUAUCAAGGAAUCUCCAACUUCCCUUCUGAAUCGGUUUGGAGAAAGAUCAUCUCCUCCAAAAUCUGUGCUUUCGUAUGGACUGUUGCACACAAGAAAAUCCUUGCCCUUGACAAUCUCAAGAAGCGAGGGUGGCCGAUAGCCAGCAGAUGUACCAUGUGCCUCAGCAGCGAAGAAACGGUUGAUCACAUUUUUGUCUAUCUGAUAUCUGCAAGUUCCACAACAACAUCACACCACCUGAGAUCGACAUCCUCACUAUUAUCCGAAGAUGGAAAAGCAUUCAACCAGAUAACACUAAUGACUGGAUUACCUAUUGCAUCCUCCAUGCCACCUGCUGGAAGAUUUGGAUUAAGAGAAAUCAAAGAAUUUUCAUCGA